GUUCGUGUCUCUUCGUUAUCUGAUCUUUACAUUGGGACAGGCAGGGUUGAGAUACUUACAUGCAAGGCUGAUAUGGUAUAUUUAAAUAUCAGCUGUGAUUUUAAUAUCACACUAGAGGGUGUUGAGAUGCAUGCUCCAGGUAGUGUGUCCUACUAUAGUGAAGCAGAACAAUACCACACAAUCGUCUAUCACGAUAUCUGCAUUCUGACUAUACCAUACGAAAACUUAACUGCAGGACGGUAUUCGUAUUUUUUAACCAUGAAACUCAUGAACGGCUCAGAUGUCAUUCAGGUUAAAAACAGCUCAUUUGGAGGUGUAACAUAUACCUUGCCAUCUGUAGACUUGAGCCCUACUUGCAAAUCCCAGGGCUCUAAACUCAUGUAUCCUGGAGAAACUAGGACCUGCACCUGCAUCAUGACCAAAGCAGGCACUGGAGGCUAUGCUGGCUGGUACUACAAAGGGUUGGUGGAAGUCAUCACAAAUUUGACAAAACCUGCUACAGGAACUCAGGAUACAAUGCUGAAUGUUUCAUAUGAAGAUGUUGCGAAACAGCACACGUUUUUCUGUGCACCUGUGACUAGCUUGGGCGGACCAAGACCGUUUAUAUCAUAUUCCCCUAAUUUGGCAUUGCCACCAAAACUAACAUCCUUCACUGUCAAUGGCACAAACACAGAAGCGGUAGUAAACGUGAACUCAACGCUUGUAUUUAACUGCUCUGCUAAAGGAAAUCCCAGUCCUAGAAUAUCUCUGACACAACAUGGGGAACAGCGUGCUCACUCCUUGUAUGGUCAACUGAUCUCAUUGUUAAGAAUGACAGACUGCAGAAAAGCUGGACAAUAUUCAUGUCAAGCUAGUACCCAAGGCUUCCCUGUGGCUGACACCAAAUACAUCAACGUUUACAUGCGCUGUCCCCAAGAGAUCUAUGACAACAAUACACCUGCCAAGUACAGUGUUCUAAUGGGCACUAGGUCUGUGGUCAACAUCCAACUGAUUGGCUACCCAGCACCCACCAAGCUAAAGCUGGAAAAACAAAGUGAUGUCAACAUGAAAGACUUUACAGUGGCAUACAGCAACACUACUGGCCCCAUAGGGUAUGUCAGUGUUGUGUUCAAAGCUGAAGAGAAACACUUAGGCUGGUACAAACUUGUUGUUGGAAAUGGAGUUGGUGAAGACCUCAGCUAUAAAUUCAAUAUUGUCAGAGGUUCUGCCAACAAUGUCUGCAAGCUGAUGUAUUCUUAUUGUGUCUUGUACCUGGCAAUGGUCAUGUGGGCUCUGGUGUGGAAGUUGGAUUGAAAUUGACUUUCAUCUAUUUUGCAGAUUCUACUUCUGGAUUAAUGGAUACUGGAUUUGUUCUCCCUAUAUUAGAUGUAGUUAUCAAGUGACCUGUAACAAGUAACAUUAGUUCUCCCCUUGUUAAGUAAUUGUCUUAUUUAUGUCAGUGCAGCCCAAGACUUGUGUACUCUAUGUAAUUUAUAGCUAGCUGUAGACAAUUUUGUUACAAAGGAAUUUUCUUAUAUAAGUUGUUACACUUUUCUUAAAGGCUAAUGCUUCAAUAAAUGUCAAUUUUAACAAAUAGAAACAUUUAAAGAAAAUGGUUUUUGAAAAGCUUAUCUGGAAAAUGAAUGGGAAUAAUACACUGUUUUUAUUUUGGCUAACUUUGUUUAUGAUCAAGUGUUAUUCCAUUCACUUCACUUACUUACUUAGACCUUUAAAGCCAUUGUGGGGCAAAGGGCUGCAGUUUACCUUUCUAUCUGAUUCUGUUUUGGGCAGCUCUCUUUAAUAGAGUCCACUUAAGUACCGUAUCCCAUGUUUCUCCUUCCUGUGUUCUUUACCAGGAUUGCUGUGGAUAAUCUAGUUUUCUUUUCCAGCCCUUCACUCGCCUCUCUAUGU